UAGGUAUCUAUAUCCAUUAAGACUUGAAGAUAAUGCCAUGAAAACAAUUUAUAGUACGGAUGAGAAACAAAGAGGCUGAUUAUUUUUAUCUCCGUCAGCUACAAAUGAUCUCACACAUUUUGUCUUUAUUGUUCAACUUGUUUUUUUUAGUCAGAGGUUAAAAAAUCGGCACAAGUUUCUAUUCACACACACAUACACAUAAAUAAAUAGAGAUUUUAUUACUGUUUAAAGUUAGUUGAUACUACAAUAGUAAAUGCGACACACACUAGAGUCACGAAGAGGCAAAAACAAGAGACAUGUAACAAAAAAGACAAGAGCCAAUACUAGUUCCCCAGAAAAUAAAGAGAGAUAUGCAUCAUUUCGUCCCUGACUUCGAUACCGAUGAUGAUUAUGUCAACACCAACAAUAAUAAUUCAUCUUUGAAUCAUCUUCCUAGAAAAUCCAUUACUACUAUGGGUGAAGAUGAUGAUGAUCUUAUGGAGCUUUUAUGGCAGAACGGUCAAGUUGUUGUUCAAAACCAGAGACUCCACAAUAACAAUACGAAGAAACCUUCUUCUUCUUCUUUUCCGACGAAGCUUCUUCAACCUCCGAUUCCUCCUUCUAUGGAUAAUCAUCAGCAGCAGCAGCAACCGUCGUCAGAUCAGAAUCUUUUUAUUCAAGAAGAUGAAAUGACUUCUUGGCUUCAUUAUCCUCUUCGUGACGAUGAUUUCUGCUCUGAUCUCCUCUUCUCCGCCGCACCAACUCCUCCCUGUGCGACGAGUCAUGUGGUCACCGCCGUAAGACCGCCAGUACCAGUACCGUCUUCGUCGAAUGAGUCGAGGCCACCGGUGAGGAAUUUCAUGAAUUUCUCGAGGCUGAGAGGGGAUUUUAGUAACGGUAGAGGUGAAUCUGGACCGAAGACGAUUGUGAGAGAAUCGACUCAGGUAAGUCCUAGCGCAACACCGUCGUCAGCGGCGGCGAGUGAAUCUGGUUUAACACGGCGGACGGAUGGUACUGAUAGCUCCGCCGGACUUAAUCGGAAAGGAAAAGCAGUGGCUAUGACGGCGCCGGCGAUUGAGAUUACCGGUACAUCGUCUUCUGUAGUGUCAAAGAGCGAAAUCGAACCGGAGAAGACGAACUUCGAUGACAAGAAACGAAAAGAGAGAGAAGCCACCACCGAGGAAGCUGAGUGCCGUAGCGAGGUGCAGGAAACAAAACAAGCACGUGGAUCAACAACAUCUACCAAGAGAUCUCGUGCUGCUGAAGUUCAUAAUCUCUCUGAAAGGAAACGGAGAGAUAGAAUCAAUGAGAGGAUGAAAGCUUUGCAAGAACUCAUACCUCGCUGCAAUAAGUCGGAUAAAGCUUCAAUGUUAGAUGAAGCUAUUGAGUACAUGAAGUCUCUACAGCUUCAAAUACAGGUGAUGUCAAUGGGAUGUGGAAUGAUGCCAAUGAUGUAUCCCGGUAUGCAACAGUACAUGCCUCACAUGGCAAUGCGUAUGGGUAUGAACCAGCCUCUUCCUCCUCCUUCCUUUAUGCCAUUCCCAAACAUGUUAGCGGCUCAAAGACCUUUGCCUACACAAACUCAGAUGGGCGGCUCAACACCGCAAUACCCUGUUCAUGCUUCUGACCCGUCAAGAGUCUUUGUACCGAACCAGCAGUAUGAUCCAACUUCGGGCCAGCCUCAGUAUCCUGGUUACAUGGAUCCAUAUCAGCAGUUCCGCGGUCUCCACCCGACCCAACCACCUCAGUUUCAGAAUCAAGCAACAUCGUACCCAAGUUCGAGCAGGGUAAGUAGUACCAAGGAAUCUGAUGAUCAAGGAAACCACAAAACAGGUUAAUGCCUAGAGCAACAAGAUGAUCUGUUUUCACAAGCAAACACAAUUUUGAGAAAUUGACAGAGAGACCUAACAUGUAUAUUGCCAUCUGUUUCUUGUUUUUGUUUUGUUUUGUUUUGUUUUGUUUUGUUUUGUUCUCUCUUCUCAGGUUGUUAUACUUAGAGAGCUGUACAUGUAAUGAUCCAGAGAUCUAGGAAUCAAUACAUAGAGGUUGCAGAGGCUUAGUGCAGAGAAUAGAUGAGAAAGUUAGGUUCAUAUACAACAAACCCGAUCAUUAUUCUUUCUCGUCUCUUAUUAUUACUUUUGACAAAGCAAAUCUUGAUAAGCUACUAAGGAAUCAAUAUCAGUUAAUAUA